AUGCAUCCGUUUCCUGAGGAUGUUGGUGCUUUCCACUUUGAAGAUUACGAUACCAAUGACGGUGGUGGUUAUGUGCCCGAAGAUGAUGAUCAAGAUUACGAAGACACUGUCGAAACUCUUGCCCAACCUCCAUCACCUUCUUUGGUUCUUGAAAAUGCGAAGAUUCUCGAGAAAAAAAAGCAGAAAGCUCGCGAGAAGCGCCAAAAGAAGCCAAAGCAGUUGGCUGAUGAUUGGAAGGUAAAUCUCGAAGGUGUUAAGGCUGCCUUUUAUGAGUCAAUGCAGGGAGGAUUCCCUAAAGCCGAAACUGUUGAGGUUGAGGUGCCUUCUGUUCUGUGUGAACACCACGAAGUAAAAUUUCGGGAAGUGAAAUUAUACUUCUUUCCCCGCCAUCUUAAGGUGAAAUUCCAAGAGUGCAUUUGCAAGCCUCUUUGGAAAACUCUAUUGCUCAUGCAUUUCAUGCCUAGCAGCCUUAGACAACCAAAGUGUGCCGUACACUUUGGAUUCUUGCAAUCUAUUCACGAUCGUAAGGUGAUCGCCCAGGACUCGAUCACGUCCUGGAACCUUCAAAAUCUGAAUAGAUCAGCCAGUGACUCUGGUGAGGAGCUUCAGCCACUCACCCAAGGCGUGAUCAACAAAAGUUAUCUCGUUUACGGCAGACUUUUGUUGUCCAUCGAGAGAACAUUGGAGGAGGAGUUUUUGCAGCCUUUGGGAGGUAUCAAGUUGGCACCUUCGUGCAUUGUUUGUCCUGGUUCGGAAAGAACCAUUAUUACGAUGGAUGGAAACUUCUCGCAGAAGCGACACAAAUGCGCUCUCAACGCACCUGAGCCAUUUGCUGUUGAUCAAGUCGGUGAGCUUUGGGGAACCGCAGAGGACGUGAAGAGGUUCGAUAAGAAGCAUUUCCCUGCUGGCGAUUGUGACAAUGGACUUCAGUAUGAAGGUGAUGACGAGGAGGGCAAUGGCAAUGAUAGCAAGAGUAAGGCUGUGAAGAGUAGAGCCAUUGAUGUUAAUGGUGUAUUUGCCGCCGGCUGUGCUAGACAUGGUAUUCCUACCUCCCUGUUUAAUAUUGACAAGGGUGAGGGGUUUAAGUAUGCAUUAGCAUCUAUUGAACGUUAUAUGAACAAUAGUGCUACUAUGGACCUCCCCUUGGACAUCAUGUAUGACUUAGCUUGCAAAAUUCGUCCUUCUGCCGAGUCUUAUUUCCCAAGUAUGAAGGGCGAUUCUCGCUAUGCGGUCACGGUGUUCCAUGCAUAUGGUCAUAUAUUCAGUUGCCAAGUGAAGUUUAAUCCUAGGUUCAUUCCUGGCUUUGGGUUGACGGAUGGUGAAGGUAUGGAACGGUUCUGGUCGUACCUUUCUGGUUAUGUCAAACUCACUAGAAAUAUGGCUGCUGCAACCAGAAAGUUGACCUUAACCGACGGUGUGCGAUACUUUGCGUGGACGAAGAUGGAUAAGAUCGGUAAAUUUCUCAUGAAAAAGUGGUCGACGAACGAGAAGCUGAUUGCCUGCCUGGAGAGUGACAUGAUGGGGGUAUCCAUGGAGGAGCUGAAGGAGAAAUGGGCUUGUGUUGUCGUAGAGAUAAUUGAUUCUAAGGAGAGAAUGAGAAGGAAAACUGGCUUGACAACACCACGUUUUCCUGCCUCGACCUUCGCUCGUGGGAAGUUGGUGGGCGAAGCUGAUGUCAGACGGAAUGCCGAAGAAGACCUUGAAAGAUACGUUUUUGUAUCUUAUUCAUAUGUCUUCUUAAAGGUUCGUAUUUGCAACGGUGCUCUUGAGCGUAGCAAGACCACUUGCAUCAAGACCGAGAUGAAGAGGACGUUGGACGAAAUGAGAUUCUUAGAGCAAGUGUUGAAUAGAGUAGAUUGUCGCCCCGAAAUUCUGCUUGACCCAUUGUUUGAUGGUUACCACCAAAGAGACUUUGCGUCAGUGGAGGAUAGGUUGCUUCAAUUUAUUUCCACUACCGCACAAGGGAUCCAUUUCCGACUUCGGUACCUUAAACUUGGAAAGGACGGCGAUCUGAUCUAUCAGUAUAUGCAGAAACAGAUUGGCAUUAGCCUACCACCCACCAUCUUGACAUUUCAUCGACUUGAUAGGGCAAGCGAAGAAAAAGAAAUUCUAAAGGGCGAGAUAGCUAGGGUGAUUUCCUAUUGCUCUAAAAAAACGAAAUCUCUUGCCUCCGCAGUUCGAGAUGUAGAAUGCCUGUUACGCCUUUGUGAUGAUCUAGAUUCACCCGAACUUGGUCAAAUCAGGGGAUCCACUGUUGACGCUGGUUCUACUUCUUCCCUUUCGCGAGAGGAUCAAGAUUCUUCGGAUAGUGACGAAGAUCACGAGGACAAUGAGGAAGAAGCGAAUGUCCUCGCGGUCAGAAUUGCUGAAGGUCUUGUUUCUGAAACGGAUCAGGUGUUUGACUAUAAUUUCCUACAGUCCCUUGGUGAGAUGCUUGCAGAAGCGGCCAAACCUCCGGAUAUUCCGCUAAAGUUCCACAAACAUCGGAAGAUCUUUUUAAUCAGCCGUCAUAAAAAAAUUUGUUUUCCUCAAAACCCAAUCAAAUCAUUCCACAAUGACGCGCAAUUAAAUAAUUUGGUGAUUACGCGAUACAAUGAUGGGGUCACCCGUACCCCAGCGAUAAAACUUUUCUUUCACUUUCUCAUCAUUUUUUUAUUUCCUCAUUAUGAAACUGCUAAUCUGAACAUCUGA